AUGGAAGCCGUGCCGUUAUUCUCAGAGCGCAACGGUCACACCAGGAUGAGCUUCGAAAACUACGCAAACGUCUUAGCCGACACCCAGCAUGACCUGGAUGGAAAGAUCUUGAAAGAGAAGCGACAAGUCAGGCCCGUUCUCAGUCCCAAGUCUCUCAAUGGCGAUUCCGCAGCGAUGUUCACGCCAGCAGCCUCCAAGGUCUUGAGUCAUGAAUUGGUGUCGUUGGACUCAGUCGUACAGGAGACGGCGGUAAAGAUGAAGAGAAGACACCAUUGGUUUCAAAGGCUCAAAUUGCCAAUGUUUAGAAAGCAAAAGGAUGAGACACAGCACGGUGAUUCUCAUCUCCUAACAAGCAGUAAGCAGCAGCUAGGCGAAUUCAGCUGCUAUAAUGAAUACAAGACCAAUAUAGAGCAAAUGUUUGACGAAUUUUCCACCUCAAGGUUCAGAGACGACGUCCAGAUACCACUCUUCUCCCCAAUCCACGCAUUAGAGCUGGAUCAGUUGGAGCAGUUGGCCGCAGAGGUGUUUGGAAUGCCAUCACUACUCGACUCGAGCGAUUCUGAAUCGAUUCGUACGGCGGAGGACAUCAAUAAAGCGCAGUCACCUCUGUUGGACUGCGUGCCUGAGUUGAAAAGCAUUCUGCCAAAUCUGAAAUACGCUCCAAUCACCAGCGCAAUAUCGACAGGCUCUACUCGUUCCAAUGCAGAAAACUACAUGCCAUUCACAAGUUCCGUGCAAAGCUCUAAAGAGUUGGUGUUAACAGCCCUGACUGAGGGCCCCAAGCCCUCCUCAUCCGUCUACAGUGCUGUUAAAAGCGUAUCAGACCCUCAUGCUGGACAUGGACUCAUCCCUGAAGAUAAAGAAGAAACUCCACUCUCCAGUGCCGUUUCAUCAGAAGCACUAAUAUCAUCUGGAAUCUCAAAUUUGCUCAUGUCAAGUUCUCCAGAUGGCAAUCUGUUAUCACCAGGUUCCCAAGGCAACAGGUCAAUUACCGGGAGCAGCAAGUACAUAAAGGGUACCAGCAUUGCGCUUCUCCAUCACAACGAAAGAAUCCAAAAUUGGUUGCAUCACUCAAACUCGUUCCCUCUAGGGAAGAAUCGGAAGCAGCAUCACAGACCAGAGUGA